AUGUCUGAAUCUAAACAGAGUGUUGCAGCUCUGUUAACAAAACUAGCAAUUUCUGCUUCUGUGAAUCCUUCUGGGGUAGUACCAUUUUCUAGAAAGUCUAUAUAUGCUUUUGCUUCAGGAUCUUCUCUUUGUUCUGUUUUAAUAUCUACUGUAAAUGAUUGCCCUUUAUUGUCCCUUAGAAUUACUGAAUUAAUUAUUUCAUCUGUUGUUAAUCUACUACUAGGUUUUAUCGCUAAGCACACUGGGAAUUCUGCGAUGUCUUCCAACUCUUUUAGGUUUUCAACUUUUUCAGGUGUUUCUUCAUGA